AUGGAAAAUCAAACAUCUCGAACGGUUCAUAAUCUCAAUUCCAUAUCCAACUCUCCAAUUAGAUCAUAUAGACGUCGUCCUUUCUCUAAUGGUCUUAGAAAACGAGAAGGAUUGCCAAUCUCAUCAAAUUUCGAUAUAGAGCCAUCUCAAUCGAAUCUUCUUUCAAUCCACGAUGACCAGAUAGAACGUGAAGUAGAAAACAUCUUUCGUCCUAGCGAUGACGAUGAAGAUGAAGUAGAUCAGAUUCCUCCUGUACCUUCUACAAGUGAAGUCAGUGAGAAGGGUUACUUAUCAUCACUUCGAAAUCCUCCUCCCUCUACUAGCAGCUCUACCUUGGUCAAUGAAGAAGAAUCUUAUCCUGAUAACAUACGUAAAAAAAUACGUGGUACCAAUUCUCAUCUAUCCGGAAUGGAAUAUGGACCUUCUCAUUUGUUAAGCGCGUUUGAAAUACCUCAAGGAGCUCAUUUUGUACAUCAUACACCGUCUCAACCUUUCGCACAAAACGGCCAGUCCGUCACCUCAUCUAAACUCAAUCAAGAUUAUUCUCGUACUCAGCGAUCGUUCAAUCAUUUCGAACUGCGCCAAGCUGACCACGAAUCCUCACCACCAUUAGCAGCGGAACGCUCACCUUCACCAGAUCACCAGCCUGAGCCUUCGCCCCAUCGUACCUCAAACACCAGUCACUCGCUUCGCCCUGGAAACUCGCCCCCCAUCCCUUCGCAUGAACAACCACCGCCUUCACCUCGCAGAUCUUAUCCCACAGUACAUGACCAAAACAUAUUUAAAGCCAUGAUUCACAGUCCUAAGACAAAUAGUCUUUCUUCACAUCAAUCAUACAAUCGAUCUUCUACCCAGGAUAUAAGCUCAUCAAGGUAUUCUAAGAUUCCCGCUAGGAAACAGGAAGAUGAAGAUGAAGAUGUCUUACAAACGCCGAAACAGACUAAGAACACAGAUUUCUGCUCAGCCGCAAUGGCAGCUAUUGAUCAGGUAGUAUCAGGGCAAAAACCUAAGGUGUCUAAUACGACGUUCGAAAGCAAUACUCCGAGACCAGUAGAUAGCAUUAGUGCUAGUCGGCCCAUUAGCGCUAGAUUUCCUAGACCACCCUUGGCCCACCUCGCAGGCAGACUGAAGGCACAAUCUACUCAAGACGCUUCGAAAAAUCGGCAAGAGGGGCCCGCGUCUAAAGUCGAUCACCCACCACCUUUGCCCAUCCAAGAGCACGUACAUCAACUCGUCCACAAUACUCACACAGAUGAAUUCUCAGCGAAAUCCGUUUCCGCCCCAUCAAGAGCACCUCUCGAUCCCCCGACGACUCGAAAAUCCGUACCAUCAACAGGACUUCAAGACGAACGUAGAUUGAAGGGAUUGCUAAAGAAUUCACCUGAUCCUCAACGACCUGCUCCAACGGUUGAAACCCAUCCUACUUCUAAUCCGGUUAACAACACUCAUUCGGGCCCACAUCUUGCACGUACUCAAUCACAUCCGAAUCCCCUACACAAAUCGAAGCCCAGCUAUGAUGGGAGUGUGGUGUACAAAAGCCAACGAGCCGAGAUUCAUGAAAGCUCGAUCGGGUUUGAAAGGCAGCAGAAUCAUGACAAGUUGGCUUCAAAUCAGCAGCAUGGUUGGCCUGCAUCCCCGUUUCUGAGGCCCAAGAAUCCUGACUCGGACUCGGACUCCGGUGAUAGCCCCGACCUACCCGUGGUUGUAGAAGAGCUGGACCAGGGCCCGAAUGUCGCUAGUCAAGUUCUGCUCAAUCGCCAUUCUGUCAGAAAAAAAGUAGCUUUUGUAGGAGCAAGUGAUCAUCAAGGCAGUCACGAGAUUAGGUUACAAUCACAAGUUCCUCAACCUUUACAUUCAAAAAUCGGCUCCUCUCCGGAAGAUUAUCCGUAUGAUCCAGCCAACUUAACGUUCAAAAAGGAGACAUCAAGGUUUGCUCCUUUACAACACUCUAUGUCGGAGACAUCAGUCAUGGACAGCGGGUCCCAAACCCUGUCAACCCCCAAGAUUACAGGCUUUUAUCCAAUGACCCCAGCUCCUCCUGCACCUCGUCGAUCGAACCCUUUACCCGUCCCAUCCUCUUCAACACUCUCUUCCGCAACCGACAAACGUUUGGAUCAACUGAAAGCUCAAGAGCCUGAAGGCCUGUCACGUAAACAACAUCACGAGGCUGGACCUGAUCAGACAAGCGAGAUCCCUUUACCCGUACCAUCCUCUUCAACUCUCUCUUCCGCAACCGACAAGCGUUUGGAUCGACUGAAAGCCCAAGAGCCUCAAGGCGUGUCACGUCAACAACACCGUGAGGCUAGACCUGUUCAGACAAGCCAAUCGGGUCAUCACCUCCAUAUUCCGGAUCGCAAUAUUGAGAAGCAGAAACUUGAAAACUUCAAGGGCAAGGGGAAAGCGAUAGAGGAACCCACGGUGAAUCUCGACGCCUACUUCACACCAGUACCAAAGUCGAAAAAGGAAUCCGAACCUAAAGGACAAGCACAGCGAACUCUCGAUACACAACUUGCCUAUCAGUCCAGAAGGAUGAACACCGAUGACACUUUGCUUGAUGCAACUCAAUUGGAAUUUAGUCGCCUAACUGCCCCAACUCCUCAUCCUCCCGGAUGGUUUGCAGAAACUCCCGUUCCUCAUGUCAAGAUCAAACCGAAGAAACGAGUGGUCAAGUCUCCGCCUAUUGAAACAGACCAGACGCACAUUGGCAAUCAGGAUAACCUAUCAAGGAGACCUCCUGAUGUAUCUGCAAUUCCCUCAUCCUCGAGACAAGCCUCUUCUGAUCAUCUAGCCGGGCCUAAACGAGAUCAAUCCUCCCAAUUCGUCACUACUACUGCGAUCAACUCAUUACCCGGAACUGCUCGAUAUGAUGUAAAGGGCAAGCCUUCGCAUCCUCCGCCAAAGUCUAAUGUCAACACAACGGAUUUGCUUAACCAGCCCGUUUCUCAAUCAACCAACAACAUGCGUACACAUCAUCCCCGUUCUAACUCUCCAAACCUUCAACCUACGCAUGACAAGGUCUCAUCCACGUCCACAUUGGAAUCCUCCAAUCAGCGACCUUCACUCUCUACCAAACCCGAGUCAACGCCAAUACCCCCAACGCGACCGCCUGAAGACAUCUCAGCCCAAGUUAUGCCCAACCGGGCUCAACAUUUGCGACCUCCGACUCGUCAAUCUGCUGAUAUCACACACGCUUCUAUGGCAGUCAAUUGCCUCAACCUCUUGCAACAGUCUAUCCGUGGCAAGCUGGGUCCUCUCGAUGACGUAGACCUAAUGAAUAUGAGCCUUCCGCCUUGUGCGGGUGGUGACUACAGCACUUUCGAGGUCAGUGGCCAACAGGACGUUGGUCAGAUAGCUCAUCUACUCAAGGACCUACUGGGUGAUAUACAGGAAUUGAAAACUACAAAAACUGGUGUCGAAUCUUUAGCAGAAUCGAGUUCAUUCCUUUUGGCUGAUGAUACGCUUCGGCCGAAAGCGUCACCUGAUCCGGCGAUGCUCCCUCACUCGCACAAUUCGAUCUUGGGCGCAUUAGCUCGGCAGUCUGAUAAGGUUGCGACAACGAGAGCGCCUUUGGUUGAUCAUCUUGGUUUCAAUGAUGAAUCUUUGAGAUCUCCUGAGUCGCAAGAUGUCAAGACGGAUAUUAAGACAUGCGAUCUUAUCUCAAAGCCAAGAACCAGCUUACGCAGUCGCGCCCUAUUGGAUUGGAUAAAGAUUCCUACAAGUCUCAAUGGAUAUAAACGAUAUCAAUGGGUUAUUGGACUGAUUUUUUUGCAAGUGUUGAUGGUGUGGCUCGUUAUCAGCUUAGCAACUGUUCGCGCUGUGAAUCUUGCUCACGCGGGCCAUUAUUACCCUCGAUAUGUACUACCAGGUCAUACAGGUAUAAUAUCAAGAAUUCUUCAAUCUUAUCAUUAUCUUUCUCCUGAAAGACUUGAAGACACUGCAAAUUCAUCAUGGUGGCAGAUUGGAUUAAGAUCAAUCGUUGAUAUUUCUUGGUUUAUAAUUGAUUGGAUCUUUGGAUUUCGUUGGUCAUUAGAUAGAAUAACAAACGUCACUUCAUUUCAAACUAAUGAUUCAGAGAAUUGGUUUGAAUCUAUGAUUGAAUUAAUCUUUUCAUUUUUUUUUGAAAAUCAUCAUGAAAGGUUUGGUGAAGGGGAGAUUGUUUGGGUUAAUCAAGCUGGUGUCACUUCAUAUCUUCGUUCUGGAUUUUCUCCUACUUGA